CGGCGUCGCCUUCGUGGCCGUAGGAGUUGUUAAAGUUUCUCGUCCCGCUGUGGGGAUGAGCCCCGGUGCUGUGCCUGCCCGUUCCCCGCCGAGAGAAGGACGUGGCCCUCCUUUGGUUUCCAGGAGCUGCAGUUCCAGGUGAAAACUGUCUGAUCAAAGAGCAAAGAUGCAGAGCACUUCAAAUUACCUCUGGCUGUUGUCUGACAUUCUGGGACAGGGAGCGACUGCAAAUGUUUUCCGGGGACGACAGAAGAAAACUGGAGAUUUAUACGCUGUCAAAGUGUUUAACAGUAUAAGUUUCCUUCGUCCUGUGGAUGUUCAGAUGCGAGAGUUUGAAGUAUUGAAGAAACUAAAUCAUAAGAACAUUGUCAAAUUAUUUGCCAUUGAGGAAGAGACAACUACUAGACACAAAGUACUAGUUAUGGAAUUUUGUCCAUGUGGGAGUUUGUACACAGUUUUAGAGGAGCCGUCUAAUGCCUUUGGUUUGCCAGAGUCUGAGUUCUUAAUUGUUUUGAGAGAUGUGGUGGCUGGGAUGAAUCAUCUCCGUGAGAAUGGAAUAGUGCACCGUGACAUCAAGCCAGGCAAUAUAAUGCGUGUUAUAGGUGAAGAUGGGCAGUCUGUUUACAAACUUACAGAUUUUGGUGCAGCAAGAGAACUUGAAGAUGAUGAACAAUUUGUUUCUCUCUAUGGCACAGAAGAGUAUUUACAUCCUGAUAUGUAUGAGCGAGCAGUUUUGAGAAAAGAGCAUCAGAAAAAGUAUGGAGCAACAGUUGAUCUGUGGAGCAUAGGGGUGACCUUUUACCAUGCUGCAACGGGGAGUUUGCCUUUCCGACCUUUUGAAGGACCUCGUAGAAACAAGGAAGUGAUGUAUAAAAUAAUCACUGGAAAGCCUUCUGGUGCUAUUUCUGGAGUACAGAAAGCAGAAAAUGGACCUAUUGAAUGGAGUUGGGAGAUGCCUGUUUCUUGUAGCCUUUCAAAGGGUCUGCAAGUACUACUCACACCUGUCCUUGCGAAUAUUCUUGAAGCAGACCAGGAAAAAUGCUGGGGAUUUGACCAGUUUUUUGCAGAGACGAGUGACAUACUGCACCGAAUAAUAAUCCACAUCUUUUCAUUACAGCAGAUGACCUUGCACAAAGUUUAUAUUCACAACUAUAAUACAGCUGCUAUAUUUCAUGAGUUGGUCUACAAACAGACAAAAAUACCAUCUCAGAAUCAAGAACUGAUAUAUGAAGGUCGGCGCUUAGUACUAGAGCCUGUCAAAUCAGCACAGAACUUCCCCAGAACAACAGAGGAGAAUCCUAUCUUUGUAGUAAGCAGGGAGGCUGUGAACAUUGUUGGAUUAAUCUAUGAAGAAGUUUUACUUCCUAAAGUACAUCAACGUUACGAUUUGGAUGGGGAUGCCAGUAUGGCUAAAGCAGUGACAGGUAUUGUAUGCUAUGCCUGUAGAGUUGCCAGUUCUUUGCUACUUUACCAGGAGCUGAUGCGAAAAGGAGUUCGAUGGCUAAUUGAAAUAAUCAAGGAUGAUUACAACGAAAUCGUUCAUAAAAAGGCAGAGAUUGUCAUCAGGCUGGAUUUCUGCAGCAGAAACAUUGAGAAAGCUGAGAAAAUAUACGAAAAUUUGAUGCAGAUCAACUUGGAAGCAUCAGAAGUGGAUGAAAUUUCAGAGAUACACACAAAACUAUUGCGUCUCUCCAGCUCUCAGGGCAGCAUAGAAACUAGUCUGCAAGAUAUCAAAACCAAACUUUCUUCUGGUGGUUUACUGGCUGACACCUGGGCAAAUCAGGAAGGCAUGCAUCCAAAAGACAGAAAUCCAGAAAGGUUGCAGGCUCUGCUGUCUUCCAUCACAGACAUCUACUAUCAGUUCAAAAAAGACAAAGCAGAACGAAGGCUUCCUUAUAAUGAAGAACAAAUACACAAGUUUGACAAGCAGAAGCUGUAUUUGCAUGCUACAAAAGCCAUAGCUCUUUUCAAAGAUGAAUGUGUCAGCAAGUAUGAAACAUUUUUGGACAAAGCUGAAGACUGGACAAGGAAAAUGCUUCACACAAGGAAGCAAUUACUGGCUCUCACCAACCAGUGUUUUGGUAUUGAAGAAGAGGUGUCCAAAUACCAGGAUUAUAUAAAUGAGUUACAAGAUGCCCUGCCACAGAAAAUGUUUGCAGCUUCCAGUGGGAUGAAACACACGAUGAAUACAGUCUAUCCAAGCUCAAACACAUUAGUAGAAAUGACUCUUGGGAUGAAGAAACUAAAGGAGGAAAUGGAAGGUGUUGUUAAAGAGCUGGCUGAAAACAAUCACAUUUUGGAAAGAUUUGGUGCCUUGACUAUGGAUGGUGGCCUGCGGAACGUGGACUGUAUCUAGCUUCCAAAGGACCCGAAGAGGACUUGUAAAUUUUUUCAAAGGGAAAAAAGUACUGUUGGGACAGUUGAAAGCAGAUAAUAAACCUGUAUCCAGGAUUUUUUUUUUUUUUCUUUCAGCAACUGUAAUAUGAAGAAAAUGUAAAUAUGUAUAAUAUGUAAAUACAAAAGAAAUAUAUCUUUUCUUGGUCGCUUUUAGGAUAGAAUAAUUUCUGGCAGGGAAUUGAGCCCCUUGGAGGAUCUCUGAGGAGUCCUAAAGGGAAAAGUAUUGUUGAUGAAAUUGACAUUUUUCUGCUUUGAAUUUUGCCCUUUUUUUCAGAAUGCAAUUUAGUCUUCAUUGAGAGGACUUGCAGUACUCCAAAACAUCAUUGUAUAAAGGGUAUUUUGGAUAUCCUUCAACAACCACUAUUAUGUAGGAGUCUAGCUGAAUGGCUUUGAUCAUCACAGAACAUGAUGAAUGUUUUAAAUGAGAUGUUUUUAAAUGAGUGUGAAUAGGGACUAAGAGUGCAGAUAGGACAGAACAGAAAUGCAUUUCUCUUUCCUUCACAUUCAAAUUGUUAGUUUUACUUGAGGAAGCAAAUUCACAAUAUUUUUUUAAGUUCUCUAAAUAUUUGGUGCCAUGUUGUCUGUAAUCAUUUGACUGCUUAGUAUAUGGAAGUUUUGCACUCCAGCUUGUCAGAAUGAAUGUAAAAAUUCAUUUUUUGGAGUACAGCAUUUUCAGACUUUCCCUGAAAUCUUGUUACUCACCACAACAGUGGGUACCUAGAGCAACUUCUUCUUAAUCUUAUUUGCAGGUAUAAUUUUUUAAAAAGGUUAAAAAUUUGGUAUGAGAAGAGUUUGUGGUCAGUCAGUAGGCUGAAUAGUAUCACACCUCAGUAGUAACUGAAUAGGGGAAAAUAAGGUACCAGUCUAGAUUUGAAUAGGGACCACUCCCACUGCUGCCUUACAGCUUAGGUACCAAACUUUGAUGGAAAAUUUAGUAAGACUAUAUUUAUUUUCCAGCAUCAAUACUUACUACUUUCAGUGCUACAUGAUUGGGAUGCAGAGAUGCAAAGUGAAACAUUCUGCUCCAAAAUGCAUAGGAGAAAGAGAACAGGAAAUAAAAAAAUUUUGGAAACAUCCAUUUGUUUGGAUACUCCAGAUGUACAUACUUGUUUCAGAUGAGCAUGCAACUAUUACAGAACUCAUUCCUUCUUUGUGGAAACCUGGCCAUGGAUGUUCAAUGGUGUCCAGUAACACUUUUCAUUGCUGCAUUACACCUGUGAGAGCUGGACCAACUAUAUUUAGAAUUUUCCAUAAUUACUGGUGGAACAUUUAGGUGUAAACUAAACAACAUUGACCAGUGAUAGCAUCUGGUUUUGUGAUGCUUAUUCCCUGUUUAUCUGUCCAGGUCAGAACAUAAAACAUUUUCAUUUCCUUUUUAGAAAAUAUUUGGAGAGAAACUUAAUAAAUUUAUAAAUGAGUGUGUCAUUUAAAAGAAAAGGAAAUACACUUGCCUUGAUGUCCAAGACUUGCAUUCCAAUGCUCUUGGUGAGAAUCAAAAAAGGGGAUUCAAACAUUUUUACACUCAUGUGAGCAGCUUCUGUCUUUGUCACCCAAAAAAAAAAUCUAGCUAUGCAAAAGGAGUGCAAAAGUUUAUCACACAUCUUUCUUUGGCAUUCUUAACAGUUUUAAAAUACUGGAAUUAUGUCUAACUGGAAUGUUUUAAUGCCUGCUUGUACAUUUGUUCAUUCACAUCCACUGUCUCACUGAGUAUCAAUAAAACACAUGAAUUAAUGUUAAAAAAAUUUGGCUCUCUAGAUGUGCAUAAACUGUAUUUUGUUUCCAACGUUAUAACACUUUGUUGUUUCAAAGUUCUUAAUAUUGAAAGAAAUCAAAUGCUAGGUGGAAUAUAUAAUUUUCAACUUCCUUAUACUGAAGCAGUCUGAAAAAGAAAGUUAAUUGUAGUAAAAGUAUAGUCUGUAUGUUGAAAUAUGUGCAGCAUUUUUUUGUAUGUUUGAAAAUUUUUUGUUAUAUUUUAUGUUCAUUUUAAACAUUGCUGGCUUUAGUCUUGCUGAAUACAUCAGUAAUCUUAAUUGUGUUAAAAUUUCUUUUUCUAAAGCAAUUUUAACAAAGGUGUAGCUAAGGAACUUGAAGUAAUCAGUUCAUAAUCUUCUGAUUACAUUAUUAUGAAGCAAAUAAUUUUUCAAGUCAAAGCAUAGUGUUGUACCAUCAACUUUUUGCUCAAACUAAGUGUCCUGAUGCUAUGAAUCUUGCUAUUCAUUUGCCAAAAUAAGUAAUAGAAAGUAAUAUAUGGUUCUUCUUCCUGAAGCUGGUUUACUGGUUUGGGGGGUUUAGCUGAAUAUAUUAAUUAUCUGUUACUUGAACAAACCUGUCUUCAUAUGAAUUGUGAAAGUGCAUGAGUGAACAGCUUAAUGGCAUAAAUACAUCAUCAGCCACUUAUUGUGCAGUGUGUA